AUGCCAAAGUUGGCUCGAGGUUUUGCGGCUCCGGUGACUUCGAGCUCUGUCAAGCCACCGAUAACCCUUCACGGUAUUGACGGUCGUUAUGCAACAGCUUUAUAUACAGCGGCCAUCAAGUCGAGUACACUUGACAAUGUUGAAUCCGAGCUCAAACAAGUGAAAUCGGUGAUCGAUAAAGAUUCCGGAAUUCGUGCGUUCAUCCAAGAUCCUUCGCUGAAUCGCAAAGAAAAGAACAAACGCAUCCAAGAAUUUCUUGGAAAAUAUAGUAAAACCACAAAGAAUUUUUUUACUUUGUUGGCCGAAAAUGGGAGACUCAAUGAGACAACAAGGAUUAUCGACGCAUUUUCGUCAUUGAUGGCUGCUCAUCGUAAUGAGAUUCCUGUUACGAUCGUUUCUGCCAAGGGGAUCGAUAAUGAGACUUUGAAAAAACUGACAAAUUCCCUUAGCAAGAGCAAAUUUGUCAAACCUAAUCAAAAACUUGUUAUCUCCACCAAAGUCGGUGGCCUAGUUGUCGAAUUCGGGGAUGAUCGAACCAUCGACCUAUCAGUCAGCUCCAAGAUCGCCAAGCUUAACAAAAUACUCAAUG